CAAAGCUUUUUGCUUAAAAUUUAGCAGAACUGAAAAAGGAAUCUCACAUCAUCAUCGUCAUCUCGAGUACCGUACAGAUUUUCGCUUCUUCCUCCAACCAUCCUUCCCUCCCACCGCUUUGUAGCUGUUUUCUACUGUAUUUCUUCCCUUUAUUAAAGGUUAAUUAUAGUACUACUAAAUUAGUUAUAAUAAACUAUCCUUAUCUCACUCGCAAUCUUUUCCCCCAUCUCGUCAGCAGCCAAUUUUCAGCUCUAUCCACUGACAACUAAAAUUCCUACAUACCCGCUGCUCUUCAUUUUAUUAUUUGGGGUUUUUUUUUUUUUUUUUGGUUUUGUUUUGUUUUGGGUUUUCAAUUGUGCCCACCAGAAUAGAACUUAGAAAUUAGGAAAUUGAGCUGUUCAAUUGAUUUGAAACUUUCCGUUUGAAGGAUUUGUGAGGAGGGUUUGGACAAUUUUGGGGGGUCUGAUUGAUGGCUGCGAGUGCGAACCCAUCUGGCGGAGGCCAUCCUAAUGGGACCAACCACAAUACCGGAAAUAAUGGCCAAGAAGGCGCCGGUAAUGGUAAUGGUGUCACCACUAACGGCGUUUCCGUCCCGGAUAAUUCCGUAUUGGGACCUACCAAGGCGGCCCUCCGACACGACCCCGGUAUUUCUGCCCAGUGGACAUCCGAAGAACAGUCCCUUUUGGAAGAUUUACUCAACAAAUAUGCAUCAGAUACAAAUAUUGUCCGGUAUGCAAAAAUUGCCAUGGAAUUGAAAGAUAAAACUGUUCGAGACGUGGCUUUACGGUGUAGAUGGAUGAAUAAAAAGGAAAACGGCAAGCGAAGGAAAGAUGAUCACUCGUCCCGGAAAAGUAAGGAUAAAAAGGAAAAAGUUACAGAUUCUGCGCCGAAGUCUCAUGUUGCAAAUCGUACCAAUGGUCCCCCUUAUGCCCAAUCAGUAAUGUCAAUGGACAGUGACGAUGGCAUCUCGUAUAAAGGUCGGUGGAGAGUUCAAUCAAUUAAACUUCAUUUUUGGAAGUUAAUCACCAGCAGUGAAUUGUCUUUUUGAGUGUUUGAUCUCAUCUGCCUUACCUGUGAUGUUUAUGGUCUGCUCCUCUAUUAGCAUUUGUUUUCUGGUUUAAACAAGGUCUUGUUAGACUAAACUUAUUUCUGUGGUUAAUUCCUUAAAUUCGCGGGGAGAUACGAAAAUUUUUUACUGGUCUUGCCUUUUAUUCACUUACUGCUUCAAUCAAGCAAAUGGUGUGUUGGAUCCAUCUCUUUUCGCUCGUUAUAAUGUCUCUGUCAAUAUUUUGUUGAUAUUUUGCAUGUCUCGGUACCAUGUUCAAAAGGGAGGAGUAUUCGCCUAUUUAUUUGAACUACAGUGAAUAGGCAUGUGGGCUCUGGAUGUUUUACCUAGUAGUCCUGCUUUAGUUUACAACUUUAGUCCAAUCUGAGGGGUUUGCUACUGGGUAUGGAAACAAACUUUUAAUUAUGAUCAAGUAGCAGGAAUUAAAUCUCUUUUUUCCAUUCUAAAAGAGGGGAAAAUUUUUAAAAAUUUUCUUUUACAAUAAGGGACUUCUGUAUUCUGGGAUUAUACAUGUCUUAUAUCGAAUUUUGCUAGCUUUAGUCAUUGAUUUUCUUGUGGGGAUGCACAAUACUUGUGCUUUGCAGCCAUUGGUGGUGCAACUGGACAACUUCUUGAACAAAAUGCUCAGGCCUUGGAUCAAAUUUCAGCAAAUUUUAAUGCUUUCAAGGUAAUUCUAAUACCUUUUGCUCUUUUGGUGUACAUGAUUUUCUCUCCGACUGUAGUUCCAUGUAUCAUCUGUUAACCAGCAGUUUGAUUUGUCCUGUUUCAAAUUAUCAAGAUAUGAUGCUCGUAAGUCGUACCUGCUCUUUUCAGCAUUGCUAUGUUUCACUUUCAUAACCACUAUAUUGUCCAACAGUUUACCUUUUUUAUGACUUAUUGUUGCCAAACAUUGUCCCUGGACUUGAACUGAUAAUAUGAGAUUUCCGUUUCAUUUUGUGCAGAUUCACGAGAACAUAAAUCUCUUCUGCCAAGCCCGAAACAAUAUCCUCAGCAUCAUGAAUGAGUAUGUCACACUUGUCCUCAACUGACUUUUGUAGCAUUGCAUAUAACCAAUACAGUACUUUAAUGAUCACGGAUGGGAGCCUUUAUCGCCAUUUUGUUACUGACAUGAUUUGUAUUGCAGCAUGAAUGACAUGCCAGAGAUAAUGAAACAGAUGCCGCCUCUUCCAGUGAAACUGAAUGAAGAUCUUGCAAAUUCCAUCCUUGGAAGAGUAUCUUUGCCAAAGAAAUCUUGAGAGAUGCUGGCUCCCCCAUAUGUAUGUGGACUUACUAAUUGACUCCACCCCCCAUGUUUGGGAUGCUUGUGAUGGAGAAUCAGAUAGCUAAUAAACCGGCUAAUUAUGUCUAGGUCUCUCUCUCUGCUGUUUAAAGUAGUAGAACUUUUAGCCUCAAAUGGUUUUGUUGUUCUGUUUUCUUCUAUAUCAGCAUUCAGUUGUGUAUACAGAUAGUUGGAUAGGAAGGAUGGCUGAUUAUGUGUAAAUCAAUUCAAUAGAGUAAAAGCUGAGUAAUAUUGUCAGUAGCUUUUUAUGAUGCGCUUCCCUGUUAUUGUAUGUAGCACUUUUAUUAGGUGACGAAUAAAUCUUUUUUUUUUUUUUUU